CUCUCCUCUUCGCACGCCCACCCCGGGGCGGUCCCUGCCGCCAGUCCGCCCGCCGUAGCCCUUCCCCGGCUUUCUUUCUCCUUGGGCGGCUGCUGUAGCUGAGCCGGCGGAGGUGGGCGGCGGUGGUUCCUGCCGGCCGGCACCAUGGAGCUGCUAGGCGCCCUGGACGCGGCCGAGCUGUCUGCCGCCUUCGCCCGCCUGCCCGUCUUCCCCGUCUUCGACCUGGGCUACUUCGUCGUCUCCAUCCUCUACCUCAAGUACGAGAAAGGGGCCAUUGAGCUGUCUCGCCAGAGUCCGUUGGCCUCCUGGGUUGUCGCCAUGCUCUACUGCUUUGGCAGCUACAUCCUGGCUGACCUGCUGCUCGGAGAAGCCCCCAUCGACUACUUCAGCAACAAUGCCAGUGUGCUGCUGGCCACUGCAGUCUGGUACCUGACUUUCUACUGUCCCCUCAACCUCUUCUACAAGUGUGUGGCAUUCCUACCUGUGAAAUUGGUCUUUGUAGCUAUGAAGGAGGUGGUAAGAGUCCGCAAGAUUGCAGUCGGGGUCCACCAUGCCCACCACCAUUACCACCAGGGCUGGCUUGUUAUGGUCAUCAUUGGGUUUGUCAAAGGUUCUGGAGUUGCCUUGAUGUCCAAUUUUGAGCAGUUAUUGCGUGGAGUCUGGAAGCCAGAAACCAAUGAGCUUCUCCACAUGUCUUUCCCAUCCAAAGCCAGCCUCUAUGGAGCCAUGCUCUUCACCCUGCAGCAGGCACACUGGCUGCCUGUCUCCAAAGACAGCCUCAUCUUCUUCUUCACACUCUUCAUGAUCACCUGCAAGGUGUUCAUGACAGCAACUCACUCUCAUGGCUCCCCCUUUGCGCCUGUGGAAGGAGCGAUGUGCCCCAUCCUCUUCGGCUCUGUGCCCUGCGGCCACAACAGCCAGCAUCAUGACCACCACCCCGGAAGCUCCCACGAAGCAUCCUCUCCCCCUGCACCCCAGCUGCUCACUAAAUCACGGGAAGAGCUGAACGAAGGCACCCGGAAGCGGAAGUCCAAGAAGGCUGAGUGAGCAGCAGGUAUCGGGUCCCGUCUGAGCCCUCUGGACCGCCCGGAGUGUUGUGUUCCUUGCUGAGGCCUUCCAAGGACAUUGUCUGGGAGGCUGCCAGAAGGCCCAGUGGCUGCCCAGUUUCCCUGGUCUCCCAUCCUUGGAGUACAAAGCAGACUUCCAAGUGAUCCUUCUGUUGCCCUGAAGCACCCUUCCCAAGCCUGAUCCGCAGAGGAGCUGAAAGCUGCUGUGGGAUUUCCUCUGCAGUCUAAGUGACAAGGAGCCAUCCCAGGCCUCCUUGUGCCAGAGCAAGUCCAGGCAUCAACCGGCAUAGUGGGGACUCGGGCUGCCCUCUUUCACAUCAUCCGGGUGCAAAUCCAGGGGUCUGCCUGGUUCUCCAUUAGACAACAGCAUUUUACUAUGCCACAUGAUGGGGGAAGGGGCAUCACCCCCUUUGUGCAAGCCUUCCCAGAUCAGAAGGACCUGCAACAAACGCCAUCCGGUGUUGCUGCUGCUUCUGUGUGCUGUUGCUGUGUGUGUGUGAUUGUGCGUGUGGACAGCAGCAGCUCUGAACUUAGAUCCAGCUUCGUACAUAGUUAGGUUUUGGUUUUUGUGCAAAGCACUACGGGGCCCCAGGUGCCCAAACCUGUGUCAGUUAUUUAUUGAUAAAUGACAAUGGUAACGACUGAAGGAUUUGAUAGGCAGGCAUUUGAAUAUUCGUGGACUGGCGUUUCUACAUCCCAAGCCCUGCCUCACCUUCAUGCAAAUCUGGCAGGGCAGCCGCGCAGGAAUCAGCCCUGAUCUGCUGAUGUGGGAAGGGCAGCACCUUUCUUCCCCUUUGAAGAACAGACAAUAGAAUAGCAAGCCAGCCAGGGCAAAGCCUCCCGAUGAAGGGCACUGGAGUUCUUGGGCCACCAGUGGUGGCAGGUGGUGGUCUCAUGGGCAAUUCUGUUUCUGCCAGCUGAGCAUCCCUCCAAGAGGGCUGCAGGGAACCCCCUGCAAAUGCCUCCCUGCCAGCUGGGGAGGGGGCAGUAAAAUAAGCCUGGGCUUUAAGCAUCCAAACUUAAGCCACAUCUUUAGAACAUGUGAAUUAGCCUGUAUUGGUUUGCAGAAAGCACCUCCGUGGAGAGAAGCCUCAUUCCCACCCCUGUUUGAGCUGCAACAACAAAGUGCACAAGUACAAGAGGAUAUAUCAAAAAUAGGGGUAUAUUGUAAUCUGCACAUUGAAAACACCACCUGAACGCAGUAAGAAAAAAAUGUGGCAAGUAUACAGUUGUAAGCAAUAUUCAAUGUCCUAAUAAGUGUAUAAAUACACAGAAAAAUGAACACUAUAAAUGUAGAAAUACAUUUGCAGUACCGCCCUAUUUUGGGUAUAUGUUCUUGAACUUGAGUACUUUGUUUUUCUUGAGGAUGUUCCCUUUUGUUUCCUCUGUUCAGCCCUAAUGAGCCACUGGCAGAGAUCCUGGAUGGCUUGCUUCAUGGCAGGGCCAGAAGGCCGCAGUUAGAAUUACGACUGCCUUUGGCUGGGGCAGGGGGGGCAGCCCCCCCCCCGAGGCAUUGGCUCUUGUCUGAGGCAGGGUGUCGGAGAGAGACUUGGCCCUCACAACCCUUAGAGGAGGGGCCUCCCUCCCACCCUCAGCCCCACUACAGCCAGCAAACCAGCAAUGAGAGCCCGUUCGGUGCAGUGGUUGCAGUGCCAGACUAGGAGCUGGGAGACCCAGCUUCAAAUCCCGACUCUGCCGGGGGUGACCGUGGGCAUUCACACUCUCUCAGCCUAACCUGCCUCACAGGGUUGUGAGGAUACAAUGAAGGCUAAACAAUGACGUAAGCCACUUUGGGUCCCCAUUGGGGAGACAAAGUGGGGGAACAAAUAGAAGUAAAUAAAUAAAAUCAGCUUGGCUCAGAAUGAGUCACGUGACUGCAAAGAGCCUUUUCUCCAAUCCUUCACCCCACCCCAUAAAAUGUGAUUUCCACCCAAAUAAAGAGUCUCUCUGCA